AAAAAAACAAGGAACAACUGAUGAAUAACUUUUAAAUUACUAUCCUCUUCUCUUAUUCCUCCACUCUCAAGAUUCUCUACCCGUACAGUUUCUGAAGUUUAUAUAUAGAAUAGACCAAAGAGAUGUCAGAACACAAGAUCAAGUUAUAGAUUGAUAGAAAUAUACUCGUACUAAUAUCAAUAUAUAAAUACUCUGAUUCCAUAUUAACAUAAUAAAGUAUUUAGAAACAAUUUGAGUUUCGUAGGCUUAUACACAGUUGAUGGGAAGAACUGGGAUCGCCAAAGCACCAAAGCUGCUGUUAAGGAGUUGGAAGCAAUUUCAAGGGCGAGCAGGGAUAAGCAGCAAAGCUGCAAAAUCAAACCCGAUGAUCGUCGACUACUUUGAAGAUAUUUCCGACCAUAAUCUCAAAUUUAGCGGCGAAGAGGAGAGCUGGGUCCCACACCCACGCACCGGAAUAUUCUUUCCGCCGGGACAAGAGUCGGUGAUGGAAGAUGUCCCUAAUGGUGCUGCCUCCUUCGACAUGACGUUUUGGCUUAGGAACGUUGACGGUGUUGAUAAACCUGAUCCUGAUCUUCAUCAUCUUCCUUAUUAAUUAUAAACAAAAUUAAUAUGGUAUUGCUUAUCUUAUGAUUGUUUCAUUGAGAAAUGAAAUCGUCAUAAGGGGACACUAUAUACUACAUGUAACUAUAUUAAAUAAUCUCAAGGAAAUGAGGAAUGGAUACGUACAAGUUUACAACAACAUUUCAUUGUGAUCGUUUUCAUAUGAUGGAUGAAGAGGCUCAAACUCAAUAGAUAUUCGUUGUGACUUCACACUUGUGAUUAUGGUCUUGUGUGUGUGCGAGGUAAUUUACACAGCGACUAAUGUGAAAAGAAUUUAACCAAUAACUAAUGUAAAAAUAAUAUUAUUUUUUCUUAGAUGUGAUCUCG